AAGUGAGACUCACACAGUCGCUGGCAGUGAAGGAGAAAUGGCGCAGAAAGGAGUUCUGGACCGCGAAACCUUCUCUUGUUCCAUCUGUCGGGAUCUACUGAAGGAUCCGGUGACGACUCCCUGUGGACACAGCUACUGCAAGAACUGUAUUCAAAGCUUCUGGGAUGGAGAGGACGAGAAGAGAAGCCACAGCUGCCCUCAGUGCAGGCAGACCUUCACACCGAGGCCUGUCCUGGUGAAGAACACCAUGUUAGCAGCUUUAGUGGAGGAGCUGAAGAAGACUGGACUCCAAGCUGCUCCUGCUGAUCACUGCUAUGCUGGACCUGAAGAUGUGGGAUGUGAUGUCUGCACUGGGAGUAAACUGAAAGCCUUCAAGUCCUGUGUGCAGUGUGUGGCCUCUUACUGUGAGAAACACCUCCAGCCUCAUUAUGAUGUGGCUCCAUUAAAGAAACACAAGCUGGUGGAGCCCUCCCAGAAGCUCCAGGAGAACAUGUGCUCUCGUCACGAUGAGGUGAUGAAGAUGUUCUGCCGUACUGAUCAGCAGUGUAUCUGUUAUCUCUGCUCUGUGGAGGAACAUAAAGGCCACGACACAGUCUCAGCUGCAGCAGAAAGGACUGAGAGGCAGAGAGAGCUCGAGGGGAGUCGACUAAACAUCCAGCAGAGAAUCAAGGACGGAGAGAAAGAUGUGAAGCUGCUUCAGCAGGAGGUGGAGGUCAUCAAUCGCUCUGCUGACAGAGCAGUGGAGGACAGUGAGAAGAUGUUCACUCAGCUGAUCCGUCUCAUGCAGAAAAGAAGCUCUGAUGUGAAGCAGCAGCUCAGAUCGCAGCAGGAAAGUGAAGUGAGUCGAGUCAAAGAGCUUCAGGAGAAGCUGGAGCAGGAGAUCACUGAGCUGAAGAGGAAAGACGCUGAUCUGAAGCAGCUCGCACACACAGAGGACCACAACCAGUUUCUACACAACUACCCCUCACUGUCCCCACUCAGUGAGUCUACACUCUCCUCCAGCAUCAACAUCCCUCUCAGAUACUUUGAGGAAGUGACAGCGGCUGUGUCACAAGUCACAGAUGAACUCCAGGACGUUCUGAGAGAGAAGUGGACAAACAUCUCACAGACUGGGACUGAAGUGGAUGUUUUACUGUCAGCAGAACCCAAGACCAGAGCUGGAUUCUUAAAGUCCUGCGUCCUCCAGACUCGGAGUGUACCUGGAUCACAGAGCAGGUGUUCUGUCCUUCUACAGCGUCUCUGACACCAUGACUCUCCUGCACAGAGUCCACCACACAUUCUCUCAGCCGCUCUACGCUGGAGUUACUUUAUAUUAUUAUCCUCAUGGAUCCACUGCUGAGUUCUGUAAACUCACGUAGACAGAAGUAAAUCUCUGGUUC